AUGGCGACACCAAAGUCUGCGCGACUGCAGACCCCAGCGGAUCGCAACCUCAGAAACGUCGUACUAGGAGACCUCCUAUUCGAACCCUGGAAUCAAUCAAUCUACCCUGAAGAUCUUGUCACCAAAGAUACCGAUCGACUCUAUGUCUGCCGGUGGUGUUUCCGAUACUCAUGCGAGGAGGAUGUCUUCACCGACCACAAACGCGCCUGUGAGCAUCGCACAACGCCCCCGGGCACCAAAGUCUACGACCACGGCGGAUACGCAGUGUGGGAAGUCGAUGGAGAACACCAUAAACUCUUCGGCCAAAACCUUUCCCUUUUCGCAAAACUAUUCCUUGAUCACAAGACGGUGUUUUUUGAUGUCGCAACCUUCCUUUACUACAUCCUCACAUACACCGACCCUGAUGAGCCCGGCAGCUACUAUGUGCUCGGCUUCUUCUCAAAGGAGAAAUUGUCAUGGGAUGCGAACAACCUUGCUUGCAUCUUGAUUUUCCCACCAUACCAACACAAACAACUCGGAAAGCUGUUGAUGGGGGUCAGCUAUAAGCUCAGCGGUUGGGAUUCGACCGGUGGAUAUAUCGGUGGGCCGGAAAAGCCACUGAGCGAGUUGGGUCACAAGAGCUAUUCCCGCUUCUGGGCCGAACGGAUUGCCAGGUAUUUGCUCCGCGGCAAAUCUGGCGACAAUCCCCGUGAACCCAUUGACCAGAAACCCAAUUCUACUCCGAAGGGGUCCCGCAAGAGGCCUGCCCGCGAGACCAUGACAGUCGAGGAGCUUGGUCUGGGCACUGGUAUGCUGACGGAAGAUGUGAUCACUGCACUCAAAAGCAUGGGGCUGUUUGAACCCCACGCAACCCCGAAAAAGCGUAAGAGCAACCGCACAGCCACAGGGGAGGAACCUCCCCCGGGUCAGACGGUAACCAUAUCCAAAUCUGAUGUAUGGGAGUGGGCUCAAUCACAUCAUCUGUCUCUAGAUGAUCCCGUUAGCGAAAAAGGAUUUGAGGGACUAUGGCCUCCCGUGGUCGUUUCUUCCGAGAGCGACGACGGCGUUCUAUCGCAGGAUUAA